AAUUGAAACUGGAAAGAGGCGAGUAAGGGUUUAGGAUUGGGGUUUUAGGUAUGGAAUCAAUAGUGAAGAAAUAUCAGCAGAGAUUUAGAAAGGUCAGGGAAGAGAUGGAUAAAUGGGAUCAUCUUCAAUCUCGCUUGCUUUCGCAAUUUAUAAAUGCUUCUUCCAUAAUAAGUAGAUUACAGGUGAUUCGAGAUUCUAACAAUUAUGGAAAUUUGAGUGGUGUGGAUGGCAUAGUGGAUGCAGUGUUGAGAAAGCAAAUGGAUUCCUUAGAAACUAUUUUGCUUUCUAUGAAUAAGACACUGGAAGACUUUCGUAGUAUUGUUUUAUUUCUUGAGAAGAUGUACAAAGAUGGCAGGCAGUUAGUUAAAGGAGGUCCUAAUCAGCUGACUACCAAACAAUUGCAGCAACGAGUUGGUGUUAAGCCAUGUCUGGCCGAUUGCUUGGAUGGGCUUAUGAUUCUUCACGAUAUGCAUCGCUCCGAGUAUCUUCUUAAGUCAUCUUUGGUUUCAGCUCUUCUGGCACUUACCUUGAAGCCUAGUUCCGGCGAUCUAGCUGCCCUCCAGCAACUCAUGGUUGAUCAACCUAAUAUCCCCAAAGAGGAAGUGCACCUCAUUUUUGAUAUCAUCUUCGCAGAAGAGAUCUGUUAGUUUCAUUGUGGUUGUUUACAAGCUUUUAUAGUAAAGACUGGAUGAUCUGCGUGAACAAGUCUUGCUAGUUAAUCUUGAACUGAUUAUCCAGUAUAGCUGCCAUACCACCUUUGCUUGUAAACUGUACAUGAACUUGCAAAGGCAUUAGGCAUGAGUCUUCUAUUGUAACUGUGCUUCUGUUGCAUACGAAUAUUAAUUAUUAUUAAUGUUUAAAUGCAGUUUUCUUUA